AUGGCUACUCAAGGAUACCGUGAGGUCUACGUCGACCUCACGAACAGUCAAGCGACCUCAAUCCUCGAGCCAUCUCAAGAAGCUGGCCCCAGCCACUCUCCUGCUCAGCACUCUCGCGAAACUACCCCUCCUCCUCCUCCUCCUGCUCCAGCUACAAGCUCGGCGCGUCCCGCAGAGCCGGAUCCGCCCAUACCCUCCGCCCUGCUACAGCCAUCUCCCCCGCGACGCAACCUCCGAACGCGCAAACCUGGGCAGCUGCACCCUUACACCGUCGAGAUGGCCCUAUAUAAGCGUCGCCUGGAGCGUAAUGACUGGGAGGACGCCGUGGUCACAGACCACCACAUGCGUCGACGGAUGCGCGAGGAGAGGGAGAGAGCGGCUGCGAAUGAGCUGCCUGUUGAAGGAGAUGAGGCGUCUUCUUCGUGGCUCGUGGCGGAUCUGCCGGGUGACAGGGAGGGGGAGGAGAGGAAGAAGAGGCGGGCUGAGGCAAGAGAGGACAAGAGGAAGAGGAGAGAAGAGAGGCGAAAGGAAGCAGAGAGGGUCGCUGCGGCUGCAGUAGCUGAAGAGAGUCAAGCGCGCAGGGCUUCUUCAGCCAGCAAUACAAAGGGCAAGGGCAAGGCAAAGGAGCCUUCAGCGCCGCCUCGUCAGGGCCUGUCUGCGAAGGAGCUGUUCGCUCGCUAUGGUGGCCUUAUCAGCGACGAAGAGGACGACAGCGACGGCGAUGAUGCAGCGGGUGGUGGUGUGGAUCGCUCCCCCGCUCUAGCUAGACAGUCGUCAGCAAGAGCAGACCGCCAGCUCGGUCCGAAGCAGCGGCAGCGGCGCCGCACUGCGCAAGCCGACAAUAGCGACGCCAGCAGCGGCUCAGGAUCUCGCUCGCCCUCGCCCGUCCUGCCACUGCGAAAGCGCCGCUUAAUCAGCUCCUCGUCCUCUUCCUCAUCAUCCUCUCCGCACUCACCGACUCGACCCAGGUCUGCAGCAAGAUCCCACUCAGCAUCCUCAUCCUCGUCGUCCGAGUCCAGCGAAGAAGAAGAGCUCGAUCUCGACCGCUACUUCAGACAGCUCAAGCGAAUGAUGCCAGUCAGUAUGGCGCGCAAGUACAUCGCUGACCUGCGCGCCAUGCGCAAAGGCAAAGCGUAUCACUCUGAUGGGCACGUCAGUGAUACGCCUGAACCCUCCAAUACCAGCGAGAGCGAGGAUGGCGAGAUAGACGGGGGAGACGCGACGAUGACCCCAUCGACGAGCCCGGCAGAAGCUGCUGCCCUUCGGCCAGGAGAGGCGAGGAAACGCUUGGGUAGGGGAACGCCUACAGGCGAUGCGAGAUUCGAGCUGGUGGGGGACUCGGAUAGUGACUCGUCUUCCAGUGCAAGAAGCGCCGUAAGCGUUCGGUCAUCGAACUCUGAAGGCCAGAGGAGAGAUUACCAAGUGUACGACGGCGAUAUCCGGUGGUGGGCACAGCCGACUGAGGAGCGUCCGGCUCCGCGACGAGAGGAGGACGCGAUUGACCGCAUGCUUUCCAGAGCUGUGGGAGCGCCGAGAAAGGCGAGGAGACCGGGAGGCGGAGGGGCGAAGAGGAUGAGGGCGAUGAAUGCAACGUCCGCAUCUAGACGACAAGGCGCAGUAAGUGGUGGUAGGCAAGCUGGUGGAUCGAGCGCCCUCAGAGAACGCUCCGUCAAUCAUCCUGCGCUCGCUUCAAGCGUUCCGAAGCAGCCGUCAAGGGCUAAGCGUAAGCGAUACGGUGGCGUCUCUCGUCCCUCGCGAUCUUCAGGCCCUCGUAGCGCUGGCGGACCCCACCCGCUCGCUCCUAAUCCGCCCCUUGUACAACCGAAGGUACGCAGGCCCUUGGAUCUGCGCCAGGAUGAUGUCUUGUUCGAUGUAGAGCUUCUUGCUCAGCCGCUUCCUCCGUCGCGCGACGACGAAAGGGGCGAAGACGAAGACGCAGCAGCCGCAAGAGAGUACGCGCAGCGCGUUCGUUCGUAUCGAGAGCAGAGCCAGCCCAGCCGACCCCUCGUGAGGAGGAGAGUGGGACGCGGCGGCGAUGGGCGUAAGGACCUACAUGCUUCGCCAGCCGGCCAGCCUCACUCGGCAGCGGGUCCCAGGCCCGUUGUAAGGACAGGAAGUCGCGAUUCCACAUCGUCCAAGUCCCCGAGCGUCGCCACGAGUCCGCAACCACCGGGGCAGCAGCGCAACAAAGGCUUACGUCCGUUCCUCCGAGUCGAGUCGUGGGACAGACCAUCCAGCAGCACAGCGUCAGGUCAGCUCUCUCGUGCUCAGCUUGACGCGGAUGCAUGGGGUGACCUUGCCAACCUCCGGCUCGACUUUGGUAUCCGGCCUCUGCCAGCUGGCUUAUCGUUCAGCCCUGCUUCAGCCAUCGGGCGUGGUAGGCUGUUUGAGUUGGUCGAAUUGGGCGAAGGUGGGAAUCAGGAGAACGCUGCGCUUUCACGCAUAGCUGGACGUACGGUGCUCGGUGUGGACCUACCUCCGCAUCCAGAUGUGGCAGUCAUGCUGCAGCUGAUGCCCGCCAUCUUCGAUGCCAUCUUCGCGGCGACGGAGACGAUUCGAAGCGGCAGAGGCGAUGCUGGUGAGGAGAUCAACGGCGAGAGCGCUCCCGACACGCUCAGCGCAGCGGUCACACGCACAACACAUGGCAUUGACGAUCUACUGCGAUAUCUCGCGCAAGGCAUCACCUCGCUGGCCGACUUCGUUCCACCUAGAGAGGUGCGACAGUACGUGGCGUCGAUCAAGUCACAGAUGGUCCAUCUGUUCGAUCGCUUCCAGGCGGCGCCUACCGCCGACCAGGGUCAAGAAGGGCGCCAGCGGCAGAAGUCAUUCGAGACCCUGCUGCUCACUCUGCGCUGGUUCGACGUCGAGGUCAGCUGGCGGCACAUUGCUAGCAAGGGCCUGCAGAACGCCGAUGCAAUCGACUUUGAGGAGAAGCUUGCCGAUGAGGAGGAGCUGAUUCUCGCGUGCGAAGGGCUGAUGAUCAGCUUGCUCUCUCACGGCAUGCAUCGUACGAUGCACUGUAUCAAGACCAGAGCAAAGAGAGACAGCAGCAUCGACGCAGCUCCCUCACACAUCGACGAUACCUCCGCCGAGCUCUGGGUGUCCCUCAUCCACCUCCUCGGCACCGCCGCCACCCUGCUGGGCCCGCACAUGGCCUUCUGGCCGGUUCUCGACUCCAGCCUCUCCCAAUGGCUCAAGAUUCUCCCGCCACGCCGCCCUGUCCUAAUGAGCGAAGCCAUUUGGUUCGUCACGCUCUCGCUCUGUGCCCUCUCUCAGUUCUCCGCAGCGAACGGCACCACCCUCUCCCGCCCACAGCUGAGACAGCACUGGCCCUUGGUCGUGCAGGCCUUCGCUGCCACACGCUUGAGGUACGACGAGUCGGUGGAGCAAGCCAUGCCCAGUGCUGCGCUGGCAAAACGAGACCAGUACUUGCGGGCUAUCACGCAACGAUGCUUCAAUCUGGUGUCUCUCUGGCGCUGGUCAGGUGAGGGAGCCGAGGGCGCCCUCAGCAAGAUCUUUGACGUCUUCAAUGCGCACAAGUUGGCGGAUCUACCCACGGAGGAGGAUCACGACUUUCCCCCCUUCCUGCGCGACUUCAACCCAGAAUUGCUCUUUGAUGAGACGAGCAGAGAGGGGACUACGUACCAUGUCUUCCUCAAGCUACUCGCUCAUGUAGCGCGUAGUCUGCAGGCCACAGCUUCACCGGAAGACGAUCCUGCUGCUGCGGCGACCGCCGCGGAUCGCAAAAUCUCCCGUCUCUUCUCUCGCGUCUGCCCGGUCCGGGUCAUGACUUUCAGUAAAGCCAACCCUCCAACAGCACGAGAGCGAUCCAGUCUCUUCAAUCACUACUCCGUCGCCACGCUGCACCUCUUCCUCGUCCCCUCUGCGGCCCAGCAGCGGCUGAGGCAAAUCAAGAGCUUCCUCGUCUUCAAAGAGGCGGAUGCCCAAAGCCAGGUAACGUGCAUCCGCGCCAUGAUGUACGCUGCGGUAGUGCAUCGUCACUUUGAACUGGAUGUCGCGCCGAUCACAGCCUGGUUUGGGAGUAUCUUCAAGACACUGCUGGGCGAUGCAGAGGAGGUCAAUCGCAAGGUCGCGAGGGGAGGUGGGGCCACUGCUGCGGCAGGCGAAUACUUUGAGACGCAGAGGCAGGCGAAGCGGGUGACUAGCUUGCUCGUCGCAGCAUUGCGGUCGAUCCAGCAUGUCGUGGAGCAUGUAAGUCUUGGAGGUGACCAGCAGGCAUCCUCGCCAUCGCUGCGCUACCCCGAUCCACAGCUCAUCGAUCGAGCUUGGACGGCCGACGUGCUGGAGACACAAAGCGCCAUUGACCCCGCUGUGGGGGUGGAGGUGCUCAAGUGCGUGCAGAGCUUUCUGGUGCAGCGCAGCCUCGUCGUGGCAAAGCUGCGGCCACGGGAUCAGCGGGGCAACACAGCGGCUAAUGGCACGACGACCACACCUGCGCCUCGCAACGAGGAAAGCCAAGACAGCUUCGCCGAGUUGUUCGACGAUGUUGGUGACUUUGACUUUACAGAUCCAGCGCUCGACAAUCUCUUGGAUGGAGGCGAGCCAGCGGCAAACAUGGAUGGCUGUGCUCACAUGUCUGUCGACGCAGCGCCAUCAGCUACACUCAUCGACUCUAUCCGCAGCAAAGAUCGUCUCUUCGCCGAACAGCUUCGUAGUCAUACAUCCCCCGCCCUCUUCUCCCUCAUCUCCAACAUCUUCCACCCCGACCGCGCGCGAGAGGGUAGACUCACUUCAUUGGGCAUCUCCCUCGAAGACACUGCCCCAUCCGCAGCUACCGGUAGGCAGCGUCAUCAAUUGGACGCCCUCCUGAAACGUGGCGCACGUCGACGUUACCUCGAGCUUCUGGUGGACUGUUGGGCGGGUUGUGCUCAUGUGUUGGUAGAAAAUGGCCUGCGAGACUGGGGGUCAUACGUGACGUAUGGGAACGAGUGUUGGAGGAGACUGGAAGACCCCGUCGGGAAGAGGGACGUCGCACUGCGCUUCCUACGGGACGUGGUUGCGCUUGACCCUGAAGUGGUCCGAAGGCACGACAGAGCGAGGCGGAGUGGCUCGAGGACAACACACGACCACGGCAAUACCGAUGGGCAGCAGCAGCAUCAAGAUCACUAUGGCGAAUUCUUGCAGGUGUGGUUCGCAGCCGCACCUGCGAGGUCGCUGUCCGUGCAGGCGGAGUAUACGCACGCUCUCUUCUAUCCGGACGUCGAGCACGAUGGUCAGGAUGUAAUGCCCUGGUUCCCUCGCUGUUCCCUGCCCGCGUCCCCGAGCGGCAGUGGCUACGGUCAGCUUGACCUGCCCCUCUUCGAGUCACAACGAACCAAGCUGAUCCUUGGCGCGAUCCGUGGCAUGCGGCGCGACUACGAGGGCGGUCACAGUCAUGAAGAGGAGGCUGGGGAUGACGACGAAGUGGAAAGGGCCUUCCGACGGACACAAGUCUUCCCAUGUCUUUCUGCCCUCCUCUCGUCGAUGCGCAUCCACCUCGAGGGGAUGCGCAUUACGCCGCGAACCUUUGCCAAUCUCAACGGAGGACGUAGAGGGAGCAGCAGCGAUUCAGACGACAGUGAUAGGGGAGGCAGCGCCAGAAGAGAGUCGAGCGAACGAGGCUACCUCGCCUUCUGUAGGCACAUACUGCAGGGCAUUGAGCGCGAGGCUGGUGAGAAGAUCUUGAGGGGGGCCAGAGCUGAGGUCGAGCGGACUUGGGGGAUUGUGAGGAGGAAAGAGGGAGAGAUGGGCGUGAAUGCGGAUGCGGGUGCAGGCGCGGAAGGCGGCAGAUGA